AUGCUGGUGUUUAGGUUGUUGUCGGGUGCUGCGAGGAGCAGAGCGGGGUCACCAUCAUGGUGCCGACUUGUCACUCUGUACAGUACAGGGACAGCCAGCCCAGUAACUCCAGACAACAGCCAGAGUUUGCAAAAUAAAAAUAAUGACAGGCCAGAGGCAAUGGAAAAUCCUUUCCAAGAACCCCCCCAAAAAUGCAUCUUGUGUGAUGUGCCAGUAGACUAUAAGAACGUACAGCUGCUAUCCCAAUUUGUAUCACCGCACACGGGUCGUAUUUAUGGAAGGCAUAUAACAGGGUUGUGUAGUAGAAAACAAAAAGCUGUUUCAAAGGCAAUUAAAAAAGCACAUGUUAUGGGUUUUAUGCCUGUCACAUAUAAGGACCCAGCAUUUCUCAAAGACCCUAAGAUUUUCAAUAUUUGA